AUGAUACAUAAACAACUUCUUUAUAUUGUACUUUCUUUGUUAUUGUUAUUGGUUGGAUUAAGUAGAGCUCAAAGACCAUGUACACUUCAGAAUUAUAACGGUGACUUUUAUGACUUUUCUGCUUUAUCUGCAAUCAAAGACUAUUCAAUCGCUAACAGCGUGCCAGACACAUACUAUUUCAAUAUCUGUAAAGAUUCGAUAUUCUGCACUACCAAAUAUCCAGGCAGUGCUUCAUGUCACUCCGGUUCUUUUGCACCUGGAGUUCCCUAUGCAAACAUCGGUCAAACAAGUACUAUGACCAUUUCUCCAUUACCUGGUGGUAAUAAAGGUGGUCAAAUUCAAUAUACGAAUGGAUCGUAUUGUUCAGAUUCAUUACCGAUCUAUAGAAUGAUUACUAUAGCAAUGAGAUGCUCCGAUGGUCCAACCACAUUGAUCUAUGUAGAUCAACCAUCGACCUGUGUUUACUACAUUGAAAUGAGUAGCUCUCUAGCAUGUCCAGUUUCAUCAAGCUCGACCACCACCUCGACCUCGACCUCGACCUCGACCUCGACCUCUACCUCUACCUCUACCUCGAUAUCAAACUUGGCUUCAUCAACUUCGGCUUCCUCGACAGGAACACCAAGCUUUUCAACAACAGGCAAUCAAAUCAUCAAUGAAAACACUAUUUCAACAUCCGGUGGUAUCACUGGAAAUGGUAUCUCAAUAUCAAGCACCGUUGGAACAAGUACAGGUUUAAACAUCAAUGAAUGUUCAUGUUUCAUUCUCUCUCACUUUUGUAAAAGAAUAGUCAUAAAAUAA